AUGAAGACUGCCCUGCCCGAGAAUGCCAAAAUAGCAAAGGAAGCAAAGGAGUGCAUGCAAGAGUGUGUGAGCGAGUUCAUAUCGUUCAUCACCAGCGAAGCUUCGGAGAAGUGUCAGGGAGAGAAACGCAAGACUGUCAAUGGGGAAGAUAUCCUCUUUGCCAUGACAUCGCUCGGAUUCGAAAACUACGCCGAAGCCUUGAAGAUUUACCUCACGAAAUACCGGGAAAACCGACCAUCCAGCAGUGGAUAUGGCUCCGGUGGCCCAGUUGGCGGUCCCGCUCCAGUACCCGCAGGCAUGGCCGGGGCAGCACCCGCUCAACAACCACCAGCAGGCUUCGCAGUCCCUCCACCCCCCGAGGCUUCCAACAACCUUCUGACUGGGAGUCUCGACCCGAACGAGCAGGAUGGCGCAGCUUACGGAUAUCCCGCCAUGGUAGGCACGGCGCACAAUGGCGCCGGUGGAGAGACUUACUAA